AUGAAAACCCUGGAAAUGUGUUACGUUGGUGUAAUUGAGAAAAAUCUCGUUGUUAGGUACAUGUUUAGCCCAAGACAGGUAGUCUCUACCCAAGCUGCAAUACUUCCAGGAUGGACCAAUGGGGAGAUCAUGUUGUCCACUGCCCUAGGGAAUUGGGGUAAAGAUGCAUGUUUGGAUGUGACCGGCAUCUCUCCUUUUGUUGGUAUGGGUGAGGUUUUGGACACGCUUUCACGUAUCAAGUCUCUCUCUAUUAGUCACUCUAGUAGUGGUAGUGGUAGUGGUAGUGGUAGUGGUAGUGGUAGUGGUAGUGGUAGUGGUAGUGGUAGUGGUAGUGGUAGUGGUGGUGGUGGUGGUGGUAGUAGUGGUGGUAGUAGUGGUAGUGGUAGUGGUAGUAGUAGUGGUACGUACGUAGUGGUGGUAGUGGUACGUAGUGGUGGUAGUGGUAGUGGCAGUAGCAGUAGCAGGCGUAGGAGCAGUAGCAGUAGCAGGCAUAGGAGCAGUAGCAGUAGCAGUAGCAGUAGCAGUAGCAAUAGCAAUAGUAGUAGCAGAAGUAGCAGCAGUAGCAAUAGCAGUAGCAGCAGCAAUAACAGCAGCAGUGGUAGUGGUAGUAGCAGCAGUAGUAGCAAACUCUCUUUAAACUAG